AUGUACGUUGCUUAUGAAGUGAAACUUGUGAAAACGAAAGUGAAAGGAAAACCAUGUCGUCUCGACUGGAAAUCGGAAAAGAAAGAUGUGAAGAAACUUCCCGAGUUUCUCGAAGAACUUGAUGAUCUGAAACGACUGAGGAGGUCACUUGCUCAAAGAAUCCAAGUCAUAUGCAGCCAAGCAUCAGAGAAGCGAAAGCGGACUAGACGCCGAAAUGGCAAGGAAGUCAACAAUGAUGGUACGGUCCUCUCUCGAUUGAAACGACGCUACAGGGCAACAGAAAAACUGAUUCAACAAAUGGAGAGUAUUAUCUAUCGCUGCCUUGCUCGUAAAUGA